UUAAUGGCGUGUUUUAAUAAUUAUUUUAUUUAUUUAGAAAUAGUUAUGUUUGCAAUAAUGUUUAAAAGCAAAUUAAAUGUGUAACAAAAAGUAAACUAAAUUAAAACAACUUUGAUAACAUUUGAAAAGCAAAAUAUUUAAAAGUUACGCGCUACCUUUCUAUUGGUUAAUUUUUCAUGAUGGCUUCCCUUUCGUUUUUCUAACGAUCCACCACUUCGGUAAUAAUCGGAAUAAAACGUCAAAACACCAUAACCUGUAAAUAAUAAAGGUUAUUUUAGUUGUUUACAGUAAAUAAUGUGUUUAAAAAUAACAAUAAUCAUUUAAAAAACCUAAUUUGAGUGUAAAACAACAGGAUAAAUUAUGGACCACAUAUUUUCUCUCUUAAGGAAACCUUCAAAAAUUAUAAAUAUCUUAAAACAAGUUUUCUCGGUGAAUUCACAUUGCAUCUCAAUUUCAAGCAAAAAUGUUGUUGCAUUUAGUACAGAAAUAGAUAUCGACGAUAGUACUUCGCGAGCAUGGGGUUCUCACGUUUACAUUGCAGACUUAAACUGUCCAUGGUUUGUACACAAAAUCCUAUCAAAUUCGGUGUCGGUGUCAGUUUUACAAUGGGAUUUUGUAGGGGAUCUCCUUCUAGUAGGGGACGAGAAUGGAACAGUUCGAAUAUACAAAACUAAAGACCAUUUACUUAAUGAUUGGACCCUUGUCUUACAAACGGUUUUAUUAGGAGAACACAUAUUGGCAGCUGCAUUUUUUCAUUGUGGUGUUAAAAUAAAUCUGAAUCUAGAGAAAAAAGACAGUGCCUCUUAUUUAGAGAAAUUCCAACAUGUUAAGUUUUCAUCAUCAGUUAGACAAUUUGGAGGUCAUCCAGCCAAUGGUGUUUUAGUUUUAACAGUAACUGGCAUGCUAGGAGCUAUUUUGUUGCCUCAACCCAUCUCACAAACGCCUAUGAUAGUUGCAACUGAAAGUUUAGGAUCUAGUAGAGUUUUUAUUAAAACUGCUGAUAUAUGUUAUGGCAAAAAUGGUCACUUUUUGUUAGCUGUAAACAGUGGAAACAUUAUUUCGCCUGUGCAGUGUUAUAAGGUUCAAGUAAGAAAAGUUGAAGAGAAAUGUGUCAUAACCAGUCAAUCAGUUCCAAGUUUUUUCCUUUUUGAGGGGGGUAAAGAUACAAUGAUGGAAUUUAUGUGUAAAGAUCCUAGAAGUGAAGUAACAUGUCUAAAAUGGGUGUUAAGAGAGGAUGCAGAUUCACUAGUAGUUACUGCCAACAACGACAAUGGCAGCUGUCUUCAAAUAUGGGAAUUGAGAGAAAAAUCAUUGCCUGUGCACAAGUUAUUAUGUGGAAAUGAAACUCAAUAUUUCAAUACAGUUUUAUGGCAGUACCAAUCAAAUUUUCAAUACAAUCACAAGCUGGUGUCAAUAGCGACAAGCAAAUUAACUAUUUUAAAUAGCAUGUCUUGUGGUUAUAUCGUUGCAGCUUUUGCUGAUAACUCAUUACAUUGUCUGUAUCGCGAUUCAUUAAAAGUAAUCUCGAGCACCACUAUCAAUCUCAAUUAUAGACCUGGUGACGAUCACUCUAGUAAAUAUCUCAAAUUAAAUACGAAAAUCAAACAGAUAGACAUGUCGUGGUUAGGUCAUUUACUAUUAGUUAUCGAUACAGAAGGUCACUUGCACCUCUUCAAACUGCCCCCUCAAAUUGAAAGUUCGACUCCUUUAACAGUACCAUAUGUUACGACGAUGCUGGAAUAUUGUUUAGUGACAGGAUUGGACUGGCUGGAUUUGCUUUUGGCCAUGAGACCAGGGAUGUUGGACGCAUUAUGCGAAAGAUUCACAGAAAGUUUCAGCAGACAAACGCCAGCAGUACAACAAUUCUAUUACAAUCAAUAUCUCAACAUCAAAAUAUCUCUUUAUAGAUUAAGCAAUCAAGGAACAAGUAAAGUUAAUGAUCUUACGCAUUUACUUAUGCUGAAUAGUAUUUCUACAGCGUUCAAAAGCUUACUAAGGCCCAGUGAGGUGAGCAGCCAUGACAAAAGUCCUGCAGACUCUUUAGCAAACGUCAUUGCAGAGGGACAGAGCGACGUUGACAAAGUCCUAAUGCACUUAGAAGCGAAAGAGUUCACGGUGGAACCAUCAGCCCUUCAAAGCUUGCAACAGUUAAUUCAGUGGGUUGCUGAUUUAGCUUUGAACUUAUUAGCGCGUCUGCCUGAUAGCAGGCCAUCUGUGGGUAAACCGUACGAGAUUUUGAGAGACGUGAAAGCUAUAAAUACUCUAAGAGAACUACUGGUGCUUAUUAGAAUAUGGGGACUAUUGAGACCUGCUUGUUGGCCUGUCUUUACCAAAUCUGAUAACAGCCUUGAUGUUUUAGCCUUGCUAUUUCGAUUGUUAAGUCGAUUAGUACAAAAUAUUAACGAACCGGACGAGUCUUUAAUAGAUGAAUGUUGUCUAUUGCCAAGUCAAGUCCAAAUUCAACAGUUGCAACCUUCGUGCAACAACAGAGUGGCUCUUGCAUGUCCCCAGCUAUCACAACAAAUAUUACCUUUACACUUGGAAUUUCAAACAGAACCUGAAUGCUUAUCAAAUGUAACUGACUCGAUAAACAAUCAAUGGGUGGAUAGUAUACGGCAUAUUUACUUAGGUAAUAAACCACGAGUUGUGAAACAGUGUGUAAGAUGUGGAGGAACGGCUGCCAUUACCCCCUGCACUCGCACUGCAGCAAUUAGGGCUUGGAACCAACGUUGGUUACGAACAUGCCGAUGUGGAGGUCUAUGGAGAAUACACACGUAUACCUAAAAUUGUCCCUUAUUAUGAAACAAAAUAAACUAUGGANAU